UUUCUUCAAUGUUCAUGCCGCACACAGUCGUUUGUCGCUGUUCGUUGUUCCGUACGUGUGGAACGCCGCGGAAACAAAAACGUCGUAAUGGCGUAGUGCGUCUGUCCUUGCGUAUUUUCCAUAAUCGCGUUAUAGUUUUUCGUUCGUUUUAAAGUAGUUUUUUUUACAUUAUACUUAUAAGUGUUUCAUCCGAAUAAUAGCAAAGAACGAAGAGCGACGUAAUGUUAAUCGAUAGUGCAAGCAAAUCAAGGAAUUCACGACGUUUAUCAAGUUGGAGUCACGAGUGCGUCGCGUCACUGAUUCAUUCUUAGGAGAUGGGAGUGAACAAUACAAAUAAAACGUGAUAUUAAUGCACCUGUUGCUUCUAAUGCUUCCAAUCUAAUAAAUAAUUUCACUACAUUCCAAUACUGAAUUAAGUAGCUUGGUAUUCUGCUGCAAUUCACAUGCGCUCCAUUUGAGUCCACAGACUGUGAUUAUCUUACGCUUACCUUGUAAUGCCAAGGCAAAGUAAACAUGAAGGUAACCGUGUGUUUUGAUCAUAUACGAGUUGUUGUGCCUUGUGGAGAUGGCAGUCUUCUUGUCAGGGACCUCAUGCAUGAGGCUAUGCUUCGAUACAAGAAAGCCACAGGAAAAAGUGACAGUACAUUGACUAUUAACAGCUUAUCUUCAUUGACUGGUGGUGGAAUCCUCGAUCCAGACGACAGAUUAUGUGAUGUUGCAGAUGACAGAGAGCAAAUUGUUGCUCACUUUGCUGGAUCUGAUGUAGUACAUGCAGGUGGGGAUGGAGCGAGUUCUGUUGGGACCAAUAGUCCUGAUUUUUUUCAUACAGAUACUAAGGAACAUCGCAUGUACACAAGUAGAUCCACUGGUAACAUCAAAAGAGAGAGUACUAAAAGAUUAUCAAUGCAUGUACUUUCUUCAAGAGAACCGUGUUUAACAACUUAUUCUGCACUUUCACUUCCUCGUGAAUCCCGACGCAAGGAACCUCUCGGACAAGACGCAAAAGCUUUGUAUGAAAUGCCAAACUUGAAGCCAGACUUACUAGAUCAAGGAGAGAUUUGUGAAAUAAUUAUUAAAAAUGAAGCAGGACCACUUGGACUACAUGUUGUGCCUUGUUAUGACUUAUUAGGAAAUGAUCAAGGACUUAGAGUAGAAGGAAUAGAGCCUAAUGGACGGAUAGCUAAAGAUGGUCAAAUAGAUUUACAUGAUAAAAUUAUCAGAAUAAAUGGACACAAUCUAUUAAGAAUACCAUUUUCUAAAGUUCAAGAAAUUUUUCGAUCGUGCAUGAAUGAAUCUUGUUUGAAAAUAUCCGUAUUAAAACAUAAAAAAUCUCCGCAAGAUAAAAAUAUACAGAAGACUUUGGGAACUUCCAGUAGCUCAGAAAAAACUGGAGAAAAUGACGACAGCAUAAAGCGGUUGCAAUGUGCUAAUUAUAAUGUACUACAAACAGCAAAUACUCGUAAAAUAGGAAAAAUGAUUGAGAUUGAACUAACCAAGGGAAACAAUGGAUUGGGUUUCAGCGUUACCACAAGAGAUAAUCCUGCUGGAGGUCACUGUCCAAUUUAUAUCAAAAAUAUACUUCCUAAAGGUGCUGCAGUUGAAGAUGGUAGAUUGAAGCCAGGUGAUCGGUUACUUGAAGUUAAUAAUUUAGAAAUGACAGGAAAAAGUCAAGCUGAAGUUGUUGCAUUGCUCCGAAGUAUUCCACCAGGUGGCAAGGUUCGUUUAGUUGUAUCUCGACAAGAAGAAGUGUGCGCCAAUACAUCUGAUACUCCUGAUACAUCUAAGAACUGGAAAUCUCCACAAGAUUCUCCUACAAAGAAGAAAGAAGAAGCAGAAGCAUAUGAUAAGUGCAAUUACAAAACUACACAGGUAGCCAAUGAUGUUGUUUUAUCUCCAAGAAAGAAUCGAAUGAUUCUUACUUUAGACAUUCCAGUUCAUGAUUCUGAAAAGGCUGGUUUGGGUGUCAGUGUUAAAGGUAAAACUAGCACUGCUGAAGACAGCAGCAAUACGGAUUUGGGUAUUUUUAUUAAAAGUGUACUUCAUGGAGGUGCAGCCUCAAGAGAUGGGAGAUUACGAACAAACGACCAAUUACUUCUUGUCAAUGGAGUUUCAUUGGUUGGAUUAUCCAACUCCGAUGCUAUGGAAACUUUGAGAAGGGCUAUGUUUAAUACAAAUAGUUCUAUCACUGGCGUUAUUCAACUUGUAAUUGCUCGAAGACUUUCUUCGUACGAUACUUCUAGUAACUCGGAAAAAAACUUUUCAGAUAAGGUUUCCCCAUCUACAUGCAAAGAUUCUUCGAGUAGUGUCUUCAUAAUGAAUUCUAAUACAAAACAAAAUGAUGGACACGUCAAGGAAAAAAAUAAUUUGAAUUCUCAAACAGAUAUUUUAGACAAUAGCUUGCUUGCAGCAUCAGCCUCACCAUGGAAUCCUGUCAUUGAUAGGCUUACAGAACAAUAUAAUAAAAAUAGUCUAAGAAAUGAAAGCUACUGUAUUGCAACGAACAAAACAUGGAUGGAUCCAGUCAGUAUUGCAAAAAAACUAAGUAUUGGUCAACGGGAUGAUCAUUUGAAAUCAGUAUUAGCAGAGGAGUCUAACGAAAAUUCUCACAGUUCUAACACAGAGCCUAAAAAAAGUGCUGAUGACAAGGACAGCCAGUAUUCUGGAGAUCCAGCAUAUGACAGUCAACUAUCGCUUGAAGAGUUUACUUCACCAACAAACAAAUUUUCUAGAGAUGCUUUAGGAAGACAGAGCAUGUCAGAAAAAAGACAUGCCGCCCUUGAUGCCAAAAAUACAGACACCUACAAAAGAAACAAAAAAAUUCGCGAAGGCAGAGAUAAUAAUAAUAAAUCUGACGAGCAAAAAAAUCAUAGUAAGGACUACAAAGCUGACAGUUUUGGAACAACAAACAGUAGCAAAUCAUCAAUUGGAGAGAGUUCGAAGCAUUCCCAGCCCGAGUAUUUAUAUACCAUUCCAGGACCAGGAAGUAACAAUAAGCUCACAUUACCAAGAAAGCAUUGGCUAGUUGAUGAUGUUCACACUGCUGAGGUAUCCAACAGUAGUAAUAAUAAAGAAGAUCAGGGUUUCACAAACGCUCGAGGAGACAUCAAACAGGCGUCGUUGAAUUCUGCUCUAGACGAUCGGUACAAGAGGUCUAGAAGGAAGGGAAUCAGGUCCAUGCUGCGCCUCGGAAAAAAUCGAAAGUCGCUUAAUUUUGGCGAUAACAUUGAAAAUCGUCAUGAGUCCACAUUUCAACCAAUCCGAAGAUCAGUUUUCACACAACAGAAGCGAUUUAGAGGAAAGAUCAACAUCCAGCGACCAAGACCCCCGCAUCAUGAAAGAGGAAAAGUUUUGAAGUUCAUCACUCCUUUCAUAUCGAAUCCAGAUACUCAAAAACCAUUGAAGGAACGCUGUAAACGGAUCUCUCAGACAGUCAUGCAGAAAACAAAACCUAUUAACCCAUAUGAUGUAAUAAUAGCAAGAGAAUGCCUCAAUUGGUUUAAGACCUCAAGAAUGGUCGCCAUUUUGCAUGCAAAUUCCAUCAAAUCAGAGCAACAGUUUGAAUAUGCUGUACCACUCAAGAGGGCGAACAUGUACUUUAAAGGAUACCAACCAAGUAUAUUAAAUUUAGCCUUGAAAGACAGCAAUUACGAGGCAGUUUUGAAGUUAUGCUUGCCGACUAUGCCUGUCUCUUACUUUGUCUUUAGUCCAGAAACAAAUGUCCCCAAAUUGGUCCAAAUUACGAAAAGAACACCUCAACUUAUUUUAAUGGCUGGGAUUCUUGACGGCAAGUUUUUGCGCCUCAAUGACUUCAUCAAAUAUGGUUCAUUGGAUCUCGUGACUGCACAAGCUGGUCUUGUCCAAGUCUUACGUACUGCAGCUGGAGGAAAUCUAAAUCAGCAGUUGACGCAUCAUCAAUCUACUUUGGUUACCCGGUUAAAACAAAUAUGUACAAAAGAAGAAGAUAAACCCUGUGAUGCGAAUGAGUAAUUAACGGUGCCUUUACGUUUUUUUUUCAAACCAUAUCGAUAAUUUAUUACGCGUUAUAGGUUUACAUAAAGCUUUACGUAAACUGCGACUAGAUUCCUUUGUAUAAGAAUAUAAAUAAGAGUAUUAAUUAAAAUUGAAAUUAGGCCCUUAAUUAA